UUCAUCGUCGGAUUCCUCCUCGUCUUUACCGGCGCUCUCCUCCGCUUUGCAUGCUACACAUCCCUCGGCUCUCUCCACACCUACGAGGUCACCCUGCGCCCCUCCCACUCCCUAAUAACCUCCGGCCUCUACGCCUACGCCCGUCAUCCGAGCUAUACCGCUGUCGGUAUGAGUAUCCUCGGUGUCCUGAUGUUGCAUUUCAGCGAGGGAGGGUGGAAUAGGACGUGUGGGAUGAAGGAGGUGCCGGCGGCGCUGUAUGUCGUGUUGGGGGUGUUUAUGGGCGUUUCGUUAAAGAAUAGAGCGGGUGUUGAGGAUGAGAUGUUGAGAGGGGAGUUUGGGGAGAGGUGGGAGGAGUGGAGGAGGGUGGUUAGGUGGAAGUUCGUGCCGUGGGUGUGCUAG